CUCCUCUCUUCUCUCUCGCAAUCACCAUCGUCGACGACGCUUUGACCUCGCUCGCAAUCUCUUCCUCAAGUGAAUCGCUCAUAAUUUAGGGUUUCGAGAUUGUUCCCUCGCAACAACUUGUACCUAUACUCUACAGAAGAGCUAUAAAUAACAAGUAUACAUAGAUUCAUACUCUGUGCAAUGGCUGAGAAUACUUCACCUGAAGCGUCUUCCUCUCAGCCACCUCUGUUUCUGGAGGUUUUUUGUGAAGUUUCUGGUAAGGAAUACCGAUUCACGACCGGGACAAAGGCGAAGUUUGCUGUAUCUGUUAUUAACAGGAAACUUGGUUUGUUAAAGUCACGAGUAGUUUUCAUCGAAGCAGUGAAGGAAGGUGAAGAGCCUAUCAGUUUUGGGGAUGAUGCUUCUCUUGUCAGUUAUGGAGAUGGCUGGAAGUUGAAGGCAAUGGUUGAUGCUGAUUUUGCUGAAACUGAGAGAAACAAUCUACCACAGCCCUUUCCUUCUGUGACAUCAAUGGGUUCUAAAGAUCCUCCAACGUACACAAAGUAUACAAAACCAGAAAUUGGAGAACAAAGUCUAAAAUACAUUGGAAGAAUAUUUUUUGCAUUUGUUUUGAUGUUUAUUCUUGGUGGCAUCUUCACAGUGGCUCUUGAGAACCUUCCUAGAGUGAUAUUGCUCUUUCAAAACUCGUCUCCCAUGUAAAGAAUUGACACUGCCCCAAAACUCCUGAAACUGUCAUUCUUUGAAGAUCGAUACUAAGCUUAUUUAUAAACGUAUUUUGAGGUUAUUUUACAUUAUUUUGUACUAUACUCUUAA